ACGGACACUCCCUUGAGCGGACAAGGAAAUUCGUUAAUUUUGCAGCGAGUUUUACUACUUUCAACUAAUGAAAGGGCUUACCCUUAUUCAAUGAUCCUGUACGUCAAUGGAAAUGCUACAGCGACGACCCAGAAAACCAAGACAACUGCUUAGUUUGGAGGAGAAAAUGGAAGUAAUCCGAACCCAUGAGCAGAAUAAACUAACAGUACGGGAUCUAGCGAAAAGAUUUAACAUUGGAAAAACUCAAGCAGCUGAGAUUUUAAAACACAGAGAGGCGAUCAGGAGAGGAUUGGCGACUGGAGAACUGAAAAUGAACCAGAUGCGAAGGAAUCCCCUCAGUCAGAAGGGCACUCAUAUCGAUGAGAUUUGCUUCGAAUGGUUUUCCCGGGCCAGAAGCGAGAGUAUACCCGUAUCCGGUGAAAUGGUCCGGGAAAAGGCCAAGCAGAUAGCGGACGAAGCGGGCUACACCGAUUUCACAGCCUCCUCUGGAUGGCUUCAAAAAUGGCGGAAGCGAAACAACAUAGCAUAUAAUGCCACCGGUGACAGCCUGGACCUGCAGGAGUUCGAGGCCAUACUGGUCAAGAGCGAACCCAUCUCAAACAGGGAUGAUGAUGAGGAGCCUUCUCCAGUGAGUUUGAUAGGUCCCAUCUAUUCCAAGGAAGAGGCUAUGCUGCAGUUGGCUCGCUUAAAGGAAUUCGCCAGAGAUGACUUUGUAUCCUACCAGCAGUUACUGAGCCUGGAAAACCAGUGGAGCUGGAAGUGGAACAAUUUCAAAAAGGAGGUUCCUUGACCUAAAUGAAUAUAAUAUCUCGAAUUUUAUAUUAGAAGUAGUUUAAUUUAUAUAACAUGGUUUGUUUUUAAAGACAUACAGUUUUCUAAUUUAUAUUUCUGUUAAAACAAGUAAGAUACAAAAUAAACUUCAUGUUAUUCUAUUAAGAACA